CCUCGAAAACCUAGUUACUCAAUCGUCGGGAUGGGGAAGUCCGGCCGCCGGAAGAAGAACGCAUCCCAGGCUCCUGCGCCCGCCGCAGCGGGUGCCACUACCGCCGCUGCGACGCCGCCGUCGAAGCCUCCGCAGGCGACUCCGAGUAAUGGUGUUGUGGAGGUGGACGUGUCCGUCCUCUUGAAGCGUGCCCACGAACUCAAGGAAGAGGGCAACCGGCUCUUCCAGGAGAAGGACUAUGGAGGCGCGCUGGGGCAGUACGAGAUGGCGCUCAAGCUCACCCCCCGCGGCCACCCGGACCGCGCUAUCUUCCACAGCAACCGUGCCGCCUGCCUUAUGCAGAUGCGGCCCGUCGACCACGAGGCCGUCGCGGCGGAGUGUUCGCUGGCGCUGCAAGCUCAGCCGGGAUUCCAGCGUGCGCUCCUCCGCCGCGCCAGAGCCCUCGAGGCCCUCCGCAGGUACGACCUCGCCCUCCAGGAUGUCCACGCGCUGCUCGCGCAGGAUUCCUCCCACCCCGACGCCCUCGAUCUCGCUCGCCGCCUCCGUGCUGCUGCUCCGACUUCCCCUUCCGCCGUCGAUCCCGGAAGCCGACCCUCUCCCGCAGCCCUAGGCGCCUCCGUUGUUCAGGUUGGUAUUCCCGUUUCUGGUCUCGGCCCUUGCCUUCCUGCCCGCCCCAAAAAGGCAUCCACGCCCACGCAGUCUUCACCCACUGCCAGUAAGCCAGCAGUUCCUUCUCAAAACCAUCAUCUCCCGAGCUCAUCAUCUCUUCCUAACGGCCCCCAGACGAAAUCCCAGCCCCUUCGGCUGGUUCCCUCUACGCUUCCUAAUGGUGAGACCCCUUCCCAAUCAUCACAAAUUGUGUCACCUAGAGGCAGUUCACAGCAUAGUGUCAAAAAGAAGACUUUAAAAGCAGAGUCUAUCCGUUGGAGGCCAUUGAAGCUCGUGUAUGACCAUGAUAUCAGACUUGCCCAAAUGCCUGCAACUUGCACCUUCAAGAUUCUAAGGGAUAUCGUGACUAACAGAUUUCCUUCAUCCAAAUCUGUGCUGAUAAAGUACAAGGAUGCUGAUGGAGAUCUUAUAACUGUGACCAGCACUGCAGAGUUAAGAUUGGCAGAAUCCUUUGUUGAUGAGAUCAAUAAGAAUGAAGUAAAGGCAGGUUCUGGAGUUGAUAAGGACGAUAAACUACAAUUGUUGCGGUUGCACAUUGUGGAGGUGAACCCUGAGCAAGAACCUCAGGUUCCUGAAGAUGAGAACCUUCUGGAGGAGGAAGGAAUGAACAUUGACCAGAGUGUUUCAGAUUCUGUGAAUGGGGAUUCCAUUGAAGAAGCAAUGAGCAAUGAGGUCAUAAAGACAGGUCUGGAAGCAAAAGAAGUUGCAAAAGAUAAGGUUGGAGUGCUACACAAGGGAUGUGAUCAUCCUGAGUGUAAGGAAGUUGAUAUCGAUGAUUGGUUGUUUGAAUUUGCUCAACUGUUUAGGAAUCAAAUUGGGAUUGAUGCUGAAGCACAUUUAGACUUGCAUGAGCUUGGAAUGGAGUUGUGCUCUGAGGCACUUGAGGAGACAGUGACAGGAGAGGAAGCUCAAUGCCUGUUUGACUUAGCUGCAUCUAAGUUUCAGGAAGUGGCAGCCCUAGCCUUCUUCAACUGGGGGAAUGUGCACAUGUGUGCUGCAAGGAAACGCAUCCCUUUGGAUGAGUCUGCACCCGAAGAUGUUUUGGCUACACAGCUUCAAACUGCUUAUGACUGGGUCAGUGAGCGAUAUGCUCUUGCUGGUAAGAAGUAUGAAGAAGCUCUUAAAAUCAAGCCUGAUUUUUUUGAAGGUUUGCUUGCUUUGGGGCAGCAAGAGUUUGAAACAGCAAAGCUCCAUUGGUCUUUUGCAUUGGCUAAGAAGCUUGAUCUAUCAACUUGGGAUUCUUCAGAAACAAUCAGACUAUUUGAUGGCGCAGAGGAAAAGAUGAAGGCUGCUACUGAUAUGUGGGAGAAGGUGGAACAGCAGAGAAUAAAUGAGCUUAAAGACCUUGGAAAAAGCAAGGAGGAGGAGUUGUUGAAGAAGAGAAAAAAACAAAGAGCUGCAGAUGGUCACGGGGAGUUAUCAGCUGAGGAGACUGCAGAGCAGGCAGCGGCAAUGAGAUCUCAAAUACACCUGUUUUGGGGAAACAUGCUCUUUGAGCGUUCCCAAGUUGAGUUUAAGCUUGGUUUUGGCAACUGGAAAAAGAAUCUUGAUGCUGCUACCGAAAGAUUCAAGCUAGCAGGGGCUUCUGAAGGGGACAUAUCCACAGUUCUUAAGAAACACGCAUCCAAUGAAACUGAAGCACAGUGCGAUGAGAAGAAAAUUACAAUUUCAAACAGUGAAGCAUCUGAAUCAAAUUCAAAGGAUGAGGAUAAACAUAUGCUGGAAAAUUAACAUUUGUAGGACUUGGUUAUCGAUCAGUGAAAUGGAAUUUCAUAUAUCUGUUUAUCUUGCGCAGAGGUCUAACUUUGCAUUCUUGGAAUCAUCUUAUUGGCAGCUGUGGUAUUUUUGACUUUUUAAUGGAGCAAGUUUCUGCUGCUCUGGUCAAUGAGGAUUGCUGAACCUCAUCGAGAACACUCCAAUUGUACAAGCAUUGCUGAAACCUCGGAACCAAGGUUGGCGUCCUAGUUCGGUUAGACUCCAUUUUUAUCGUUUAAAUUUGUUACCGAAAACUACAUUAUCAUUACAGUUAUUUCAGGCCCUUCUUGUUCAACACACUUACCACUGGAAUUAUCUCUACACAACACUUGAAUUACUAUUCUAUUGUGUGUUUACCUAUCA